AUGUCUGUCACCGCAGAGGAGGUUGCCAAGCACAACAAGGACAGCGACUGCUGGGUGGUCGUUGGCGAUCAGGUGCUUGACGUGACCAACUUCCUCGCCGAGCACCCCGGGGGCAAGAAGUCAAUCAUGAUGUUUGCAGGCAAGGACGCGACGGAGGAGUUCGACAUGCUCCAUGACCGCAAGGUCAUCAAGAAGUAUGGCCUUGACGAGGGCACGGUGGUGCUCAAGGGCACGAUCAAGAAGUGA